GUAUUAAGGAACGCCGCUGAGCUGAACUGAGCUGCGGAGGCCAGAGAGCGGAGCAGCGGUGGCGGCGGCGGCGGCUGCAUCCCAGGCUGGCCGGGAUGGGGGCCCGUGGCCGCCCGCUCUGCCUUUGGCUUUGGUUGUGGCUCUGUCUGCUGUGGGGCCCCGGACUGCCACUGAUCGCCGGGCCGGCCCGAGCACAAGCUGAAGAGCAGCCCUCCUGCAACGGAGCCUUUGACCUCUACUUCGUGCUGGACAAAUCUGGAAGCGUUGCACAAAACUGGAUCGAGAUCUACAAUUUUGUUAAACAGCUUACCGACAGAUUUGUGAGCCCUCGGAUGAGAUUAUCUUUCAUAGUGUUUUCUUCUCAAGCAACCAUUAUUUUGCCAUUAACGGGAGACAGAGCAAAAAUCACUGAAGGCUUAAAAAAUUUAAAAGAUGUCAAACCAGCAGGAGAGACAUAUAUCUAUGAAGGAUUAAGAUUGGCCAAUGAACAAAUUAAGAAUGCAGGAGGAUUGAAAACUUCGAGUAUAGUGAUUGCACUGACGGAUGGAAAGUUAGAUGGUCUGGUGCCCCAGUAUGCAACAAAAGAGGCAGACGUAUCCAGGACCCUUGGGGCUAGAGUUUAUUGUGUUGGAGUUCUUGAUUUUGAUCAAGCCCAGCUUGAAAAAAUUGCUGAUGCCAAAGAUCAAGUAUUCCCUGUCAAAGGAGGAUUUCAAGCCCUUAAGGGAAUAAUUAACUCUAUAUUAGAAAAAUCAUGCACAGAAAUAUUAGAGUUGGAUCCAUCAAGUGUCUGUGUGGGCCAGGAAUUUCAAAUCGUGCUGAGAGGAAGAGGGUUUGCAGUGGGCAGAAGUGAAAGUGCCUCCUGUACCUUUAUUGUAAAUGAAACAUAUACUAUGAGUGUAAAACCAGUAAGUGUGCAGUCGAACUUUAUACUCUGUCCAGCACCUGUCCUGCAUGAAGUUGGAGAAACUCUUGAAGUUUCUGUGAGCUUGAAUGAAGGAAAAUCCAUCCUCUUUAGCUCAUUGACAGUCACAGCUACAAAAUGUUCCAGUGGAACUGCAGCUGUCAUUGCAAUUUUGGUGCUACUACUUCUAGUGGGCAUUGGCUUAAUGUGGUGGUUCUGGCCCCUUUGCUGCAAAGUGGUUAUCAAAGAUCCUCCUCCACCACCACCACCGCCACCCAAAGAGGAAGAAGAAGAACCACUACCUAACAAAAAAUGGCCAACAGUAGAUGCUUCCUAUUAUGGAGGUCGAGGAGUUGGAGGAAUUAAAAGAAUGGAGGUUCGUUGGGGUGAUAAGGGCUCUACUGAAGAAGGUGCAAGGUUAGAAAAAGCCAAAAAUGCUGUGGUGACAAUUCCUGAAGAAACAGAAGAACCUCUCAAACCUAGACCUCCUCGGCCCAAACCUACAUACCAGGCCCCUCAGACAAAGUGGUACACUCCAAUCAAGGGCCGGCUUGAUGCACUCUGGGCUUUGUUACGUCGGCAGUAUGACAGAGUUUCUUUGAUGCGACCUCAGGAAGGAGAUGAGGGCCGAUGCAUAAACUUUUCUCGUGUUCAAUCUCAGUAAAAAAAAAAAAAAAAUGAAGAAGACGACAGGAAAAAACAGAAGGUACGAAGAUGGAGCGUUGUCUCUCUACCAGUUUCCAAACAAAUGAAGACCAUGAAACAAUUUUUUCAUUACUUGGAAAAGCAGCUUAAUUCUUCUCAUCAUAGAUGUUCUUUUGUGAUUUCUCAUCUUUACAGAUUUCACAAGUCAGCCUUGCUUGCACCAAGCUGUUUCAGUCACUUGUUCUACCAUUUAGGUAGAAAUCCAUUACUGCACAGUGGGAACCCGUGAUGCAUGGCAGUGGAAACGAAGAGGAACAUUAAUUUGCAUGCAGCAUUUUGACAGAGAAUCCAGUAUUUAUAUGUAAAGAGAGGGAAAGUAACAACAGAUGAAACAAUAUACGAUGAAGAUGAUAUCUAGAUUGAGACCACAAAAGAAUUGGCCAUAGUGUAUCAUUAAUAGAGAAGUUAGUCUUCUCCGAUGGGAAUAUGGGACUUGUAAUUAAUAUAGAGAGAUUGUUAGCCAUAGGCAGAAGGUAUGGAAGAGUCCCACCAGGCUAAGCAAAUUGAAAAGUUCAUUCAUUGCCUUAUAGCGAUGUCAUAUCAUAAAAUCCUUAUGAGUACCCUAUCACAGUGUGCCUUACGGGAAGUUUCUGACUGGAAAAUCUUGUCAUUUUAACACUGAGAAGUGCACAUGCAUGACAAAAUGUAGACAGGAUGCCUUAAGGUAUUGGUAGCAAGCAAGAAUUUGCCCUUUAGUUUUUGAAGACACCUUUCUUUCAUUAUGCACCCAGGACAAGAAGAAAAUUAAUAGAGCGUUAUCCUCUGGGAAGACAGACCCAUAACCAAAGAUAUCAAGCAGAUUCUGAGAGACUGGUGCUUCAAGUCUUUGACACUGUGGUCAGGAGAAUUUUUUCCCCUUUUACUAUUUUUAGAUUUUGGUUCUUGCAACAUUGUUCUCCAUAAUAUACCUGACUAUUCCAGUCAUCUACAUUAGAAUAGGUUUUUCCUUCAAAUUUAAAAGAAGGGGUUGCCUUAAAGCUAGUAUCUCAGGGUCCCCCCUUCAAAUCUCCAAGGGCUCUUCAGCGUCACAAGCCAGCAAUUCUCUUUGCAUGAGAAUUUCAAAGUUUAAUUAAUAUAAUUAAAGGCAACAGCAAGCAGCAGCCUGUGAAGAUUUUGCUCAUCUUUUUUAUGCCUUUUGACAUUGAAUGACCUAUUACUAUAUGCGCAUUACUUGGAUUUUGAGGGGCACUCUACAUUGGUUCUGAUUCAGCAAUCAGAAAAGACCUCCUCUCCUCAACUUAUAAACAAAAUUUUCAAGAGCGUUAGCCAUCACAAUUCAUUGACAAUGUAUGUAUUAUAAUUUUUUUAGAAAAACCAUCGUCAUGUCACGUUGACGAUGCCAAAUUAUGUUAGUGUGAGCAAAAACACUGUGGGGGAGGAAGAAGGGAGCAGCUGAAGAAAAAGACUCAAAUGAUCCAGUCACUUUUGAUACUGUACUUCAGAUGCAAAAUGGAUAUUCGAGUCGAAACCUGACAAAGCGCGCCUGCUUUGAUGUGAACUGGUAUAGACAAUGACCAGUGGCUGGGUCAGUGGGAUGUCUCUCUGUGAGCAGAGAAGCUUAUCAAAUGACACUAAAAAUAAGUUCAACAACCAUCACAUGGCGGGGGGGUGGGUGGAGUGGGGGCGCAGGCGAACACUUCCCGUUGGGUGGGCACACUGUAUGCGCGCGAGAUGGGAAGAGCGAUGUGGAGCAUCCUGUUCUCACCACCCCUUUGUGCUCAUCAUGGAAAUUUCAAGGGAUAUGAAUGAUUCCCUUGGUCAGUCUCCAAAUUGAUGACACUGCUCAAAGACGCCAUAUCUAUAUAUCUGUAUAUCUAUAUAUGGAGAUAUAGAUAUCCAUCGCCUUUGCUUAAAUUUCUUGCUUGAGUUUAUUUCUGCAAGUAUUUCAUAAAUAAAAGUCUUAUCUAAGCUUAUCUGACAACUUUCUUUUAGUCCACUGAAGGUCUGUGCCUUGUUUCAGUGAAUUAAAGUAGUACUUUGUAACUGAAUGUGUACAGAGUUGACCAUUAAGAAGACCAUGUGACUUGUUCAUACCAGCAUAGAUAUCAGCCUAUGGUUUGGAGUGUAACUGGUUUUAGGGCCUAUCACUGUUGUCAGCUCUGCCUCUUCAGCUUAGCUUUGGUUGGAAUGAGCCACUUAACAGAUUUACUCAUCAGUUUGCUGUCUUUUGAACUUCAGGAAGAAAUGUUAGUGAUAUUAAUGCAAGAGGUCUAUGAUUCUCUAUUGUUGGUUUUUAAGUUUUUCUAAUAAUAACAUGUUUAUAAAAUGGAGAGUAAACAAUGUAAAUAGCCUCCACUCCAAGGACAAGUGGCUUUUCAUAAAUUGUCAUGCAAAUGGAUUUGGAGCUUGAUAGCACUGCCUGGAGUACUUUUUGCAGGGAAGAGGCAAUCUUUAAGUCAUAGAAUUAAAAGAGAAUUUCAUAAGAGCUUGAAUAAAACUCUGCUUAAUAAUAUGCCAGAUGUUAGAAUUUCUCAGGUUAAGUUUAAAAUAAAAAUUGUACCAAAGUAAAAUAGACCAAAAACUUCUACAACAUCAGAAGCUUAGGAUAACAAGGUUAAUUCAUAUGCAUGUUAGAAACAAACACAACAUUACAUGGAAUAUAAAUGUAUUUUAAGAACACUUUAAUGGAAUAUGUUUAAAAGGCUCUGGUCUAAUUAGAUGACUAGAUAUUUUUUGAACUUUUAGUCACCUCUAUCAUGUACAAGCCACUAAAAGCUGACAAUCAUCAGGGAGAAAAAUAUUACUUUUAGCACUCACAUCAUGCAUGCAGUUUUUCCUUCUUAGAGGAUAUAUUUGUAAAAUGCUCACAAUUACAAUAUAACUAUGUCUUAAACAUUCAAUAAAAUUCUGUAUUUAUUUGAUGCAUGAAGAAGAAGAAAAUCUGCUUUAUUUACUGGACAUGAUGUUAAUCCAAAGCUAUUUUCCCAGAAUAUACCAAUAAACCCAUAUCCAUUAUUCUAAUUGUGUUGCAUAAGGUGGUAAAAACAAUUAAGUGGGAAAUGACUCUUAACUUAUGUGUCUACUCUGCCUAGAUAGAAAGUUUUGAAGGCAUCUAUAUAUAUUUCAUAACAGUGUCUGUUCUUUAUGGAUUUAAUCCAUAAAUAUUUAUCUAUCUGAAAACUUUGAUACUUGGAAUGUUUUCCUUGAAGCAUUUGGUGCUCAGAGGGAGGAAAAAAAAAAACAUUUGGUGCUAAGCAUUGCACACUGAUUCCUUUCCCCAAGUUUAUUCUAUUUUAAAAAAGUUAUAUUUUCUUUCCAAUGAGAUGCAGAAUAAAAUUUGAGGACUUCCAUUAAGCAGGGAACAGCAUCUGUCAUCCAUGGAGAGUUCCUGUUUUGGCAAAAUAGACAAUAUGAGUUUUACAGCCUCUCCAAUUGAAAGUGGUAGAAAACUAAAUGAUUUGCUUUGAUUAUUCAUUGUACCCGUUAUUCAUACAUAAUUUUAAGUAAUAAGUUAUUUAAUAAAGUUUUGUUCUAUAAUAAAA